AUGUUCAGUCUACCUUCAUUCACACAGAAAUUCACUUUCAAGAAUGUGAAUUUCUUGACAUCAUUCCGUCAACUUGGUAAAAUGGGUUAUUUACAACCAAAUGAAGGAUCCACUCAAAGUUAUAAAAGAUUGGGUCGUGGUGCUUCAUCAGGUAAAGGUAAAACUUCUGGACGUGGUCAAAAGGGUCAAAAAGCUAGAGGUAAAGUUCCUUGGUGGCUUGAAGGUGGUCAAACUCCAUAUUAUAAACGUUUCCCAAUGACUGGUUUUAGAAAUCCAAACAAGAGAGAAUUACAAGAACUUAAUUUAUUCAGAAUUCAAGAUUUUUGGAAUAAUGGAAGAAUUCCUUUGAAAGAAGGUGAAACUUUAACUAUGGAUGUUAUGGUUAAAUGUGGUCUUAUUACUAGAACUUUGAAAGAUGGUGUUAAGAUUUUAUCCAAUGGUUGUCAUUCAUAUAAUGUUCCUUUAAAUAUCGAAGCAUCAAAAGCUAGUGAAAAAGCAAUUGAAGCUAUUGAACAACUUGGUAACUCUUUUACUGCUAAACAUUUUAACAAAUUAGGUUUAAGAGUUCAUUUGAAUCCGGAAAAAUUUCUUUUGAAAUAUGGUUACGUUCCAUUAGAAGCCAGACCAUCUCAAAGAAAAGAUAUCGAAUACUAUUCUAACCCUGAAAAGAGAGGUUACUUGGAUAAAGAUAGAUCUAUUUUAUUUGAACCUUUGGAAAAAGCCCGUGCUCAAGGUGUUCAAAAGAAGCAAACCAAGGUCUUGUCUAAAUUUAAAUCUUUGGAAGAACAAUUGGAAGAAGCAAAGCUCCAAGAAAGUUCAGCAUAA